AUGGACAAAGAAACUGUGCUCCAGGCACCAAAUGAAUUUGUGAUUGGCAUCUUUUCGGACGCAGCUCCCAGGUUGGCUGCUGCUCGAGAGAAGGCGCCGCAUUUGCAGUUCCACUUCAUAGAUGAGGAAACUGAGGCUCAAGGAGGCCCCGGGCAGACGGCUGGAAGCAGGAUAAACUCUUGGAGGACCCUGAGGCCAGCAAAGACACUUCCGCGGGUCGGGUUGUCAGGGUGGCGGGGGACGCGGCGGGUAAAUAUUUGGGGCGGUAACCUGGGCUCCGGCGACACAAGUCGUCACUGCGGUUCUCAGUCGGCGGGCGCGUGGCGAGGGCGGGGCCGGGGCAGGGGGCGGGGUGAGGUGGGGACAGGGGCGUCCCUAAGUCGUCUGGAACAGACUCCGCGGCCCCGCCCCGCCCCGCCCCCGCCGGUGGCUAUAAGACGGUGCAGCUGGCGGGUGGAGGCGCAAGCGAGGGGCGAGCACUCGGCCGGGAGCCAGGCGGGGCCACCCGAGCGGACGGCAGCGCCAGGCGGCAGCCACCAGGGCCAGCUCCUCGCAGCACCCCGGCUACGCGUGUCGGCGAGCAACCUCUCCAUGAAGCCGCCCUCAACUCAGGGCAGCCCUGCGGCGGCUGCGGGCCCGGCCAUGGACUCGGCGGCAGCCGCAGACCUGACGGACGUGCUGUGCGAGUUCGACGCGGUGCUGGCCGAUUUUGCGUCGCCCUUCCAUGCCCGCCACUUCCACUAUGAGGAGCACCUGGAACGCAUGAAGCGGCGCAGCAGCGCCAGCGUCAGUGACAGCAGCGGCUUCAGCGACUCGGAGAGUGCAGACUCACUGUACAGGGACAGCUUCAGCUUCAGUGAUGAGAAACUGAAUUCUCCAACCGACUCCACUCCAGCUCUGCUCUCCUCCACUGUCGCUCCUCGGAAAGCCAAAUUAGGUGACACAAAAGAGCUGGAAGACUUCAUUGCUGACCUUGACAGGACGUUAGCAAGUAUGUGAAGCAAGGAGUUCAGGGUCCUUAGGUCACAAGAGUGAAACUCCCGAAAGCUCCAAGCACCUGGAUCUGCUGCAGGAGGGGACAGAGCUAAGGCUCACGUGCCAUCAGGCUGUUCUUGGCUUCCCCUAACAUCUGCGGUUGGGCCUAUCUCUGGGCAACUCAGACAGUGAAACUGACUUUGUUUACCUGCCUGCAGCAUAUUUAGGAGAUGAUCUAUCUAAUGUGUUUCUACUCCUUAAACAUAGCUCUUCUAUAAUUUAAGAUGCGUUUAUGGAAAUAUUUGUAAUUACUUAUAUAUAGUUGGAGACCAUAAUAAGCUUUUCUCAUCAUAAUAUAUUUUUGUAUACAAAUAAAACUUAAACUGGAA